CAAAAUUAGUACAAUAUAGAAAGAAUUAUACCAUUCUGUAACCAAGAAUAAUUUCCUAUUACGCAAAUAAAGAUCUAAACGAGCAGUUCUCUACUUCUACCUGGUACAUUUUGAGGCUCGAAGUAUAAAUGACUCGACCUUUGCUCGCGGUAGUUUCGAAGAAUUCUUUCUGGACCUUGAGUGUGGCCCAUGGAUCUAAGAAAUCACUUCAUCGACAAAGAAGCAGAGACUCUGUAGUUUAUGAUAUCCAUUCAAGGGAAUCCUUGAAGUCAAAGCAAGUUUACGUUUUUGGUUUCUCAGCAACUGGAGCUCUCGGUAAUGAGAAAUAUCUUGGUCUUCAUGGUAAACCUGGUGUUGGAGGUGUAUCACGGCCUACGCCUUUGAAAUGUUCGUCGUCUUUAGGUGUUCCGUUAAAAGCUGCUUGUGGAUAUGGCUUCACAACAUAUAUAUGUGGAGGCAGUCAUGGGGAUUUUGGCGUCUACGGCUGUGGGAUCAACAGUGAUGGCCAAUUAGGAUCACAGUCGGUUGGAUUAAAAACCAAACUUCCUACAGGCAACUCAGUAAAUGUUGUUCCUGAACUUGUGAGAAUUGCUAUCUGUCUUGAUAAUACGCAAAAACAAAUAUAUCGUCCUUCUCAUGUGGCAUGUGGUCGAGCACAUACUAUUAUAUCCUAUGAAAAUUUGAAAGAGUCGAAUAGUGAUACACCUCCUCUUGUUUUCAGCCUGGGUAACAAUGUUUUCGGGCAGUGUGGAAGAGAAAUAAUUCCUGGCGAAAAGUACGAUCGUGAUGUGGAAGUUAUAACAAAAAUAGUCUUGCCACCAGAAAUAAAAUCUAUCAAACAAUUAGUUUGCGGUCAAGACCAUACCUUGUUACUCAGCUCAGACGGUGUUGUUUAUUCCUGUGGACUUGGAUCAGAUGGUCAGACUGGUUUAGGUCAUUAUAAUGUGGUUGAUCGAUUUACUGCUGUAAAAGGUUCAUUGGUAAAUGAACGUGUUUGUUUGCUAUCGUCUCGCGGUGAUACUGUUCUUGCUCUUACUGAAUCAAAUAAAUUAUUUGCUUGGGGUAAUAAUGAAUACGGUCAAAUAUGGCCAUUAGAUCAAGAUGUACAAGUUUCAGAACCUGUUCACUUAAAUUUAGAUCAUUGUAUUGUACCAGUAGAAUCUAAUUUAUCUUCGGAUAAUGUUCAUGUAGGUGAAAUACAAUCAAUUGCUUGUGCCGGUUCUAUGUGUUGUAUUGUUAAUAAAAUUGGACAGGUAUUCGUUUGGGGCUUUGGAUGUAUUGGAUUAGGUCCAAAGGUUACUUGUUCACCUCGUCCAACAUUGAUUCCACCUGGUUUAUUUAUACCAGCUAUCGUAAAUAGUGAAUCUUGUAUUAAUUAUGUUGCUGCUGGUCUACAUCAUUUUAUUGCCCAAAGUAAUGAUGGUUUAUUAUGGGCCUGGGGUGCUCCACGUAGUGGUUUAUAUUGUCUAGGCUUAGGUAAACAAAUUACAAGUAAUUCUGUUAAUCAAACCUACCCAGUUCCAUUACUUCUUCCAAUUAAAUCUAAAGAUGUAGUAUGUGGUGUUGAUCAUACUGUUGUGAUUGGCAAAUCAUUUGGUUAAUAUUUGCUCAUUGUUCAUAUAUUAUUUAUUGUAAAUAUGUAUACAUUUCCUCACGGAACUAGUACUUUAACAAAAAAUGUUUAUAUAUAUACGAUUGUACAGCUGGAUAAUAUAUAUAUAUAUAUAUAUAU